AUGGCGGAGCUGGGAGCUGGCGGCGACGGCCCCCGGGGCGGCGAUGGCGCUGCGCGGAGCGAAACAGCGCCUGACAGCUACAAAGUACAUGAGAGGAAAACUGCUGCCUCCAACCGGCCGCCCGCUGCUGUUUCAGGACAAAAUAGCAACCACUCAGGAAAUAAGCCAGACCCUCCACCUGUGCUGCGGGUUGAUGAGCGGCAGCGACUGGCCCGGGAGCGGCGUGAGGAACGGGAAAAGCAGCUAGCUGCAAGAGAACUAUUCUGGUUAGAAAAAGAAGAGCGAGCCAGGCAGCACUACGAAAAGCACCUGGAAGAGAGGAAGAAAAAGUUGGAAGAGCAGAGGCUGAAGGAAGAGCGGAGGAGGGCUGCUGUGGAGGAAAAGCGAAGGCAGAGACUAGAGGAGGACAAAGAGCGCCAUGAAGCCGUUGUACGACGUACGAUGGAAAGGAGCCAGAAGCCAAGACAGAAGCAUAACCGAUGGUCAUGGGGAGGCCCUCUCCAUGCGAGCCCCAGCAUUCACAGUACAGAUCCAGACAGGCGUUCAGUUUCCACCAUGAAUCUUUCGAAACAUGUUGAUCCCGUCAUUAGCAAGCGGCUCUCCUCUUCAUCUGCAACUUUACUAAAUUCUCCAGAUAGAGCUCGCCGCCUGCAGCUCAGCCCCUGGGAGAGCAGCGUUGUUAACAGACUGCUGACGCCCACGCACUCGUUCCUGGCCAGGAGUAAAAGCACAGCUGCCUUGUCUGGAGACUCAGCAUCUUGCAGCCCCAUCAACAUCAUGCCCUACAAAGCUACACACUCUAGAAAUCCGAUGGAUCGAACAAAAAUCUUUGUAACACCGCCCGAUGGCUCUGUGCGGAGGAGGACUAUUUACAGCUCAGCGGGCCAUAAAAGAGAGAGGGAGAGAGAAAACGUACCCUUCCCCCGCACAUCCGGCAUCCGAAGGGCUUUGUCUCCAUCUCAUCCCAAAGCCAGAUCACCAGCUUCCCCCCGACUGUGGCUCCCAUCCAAGUCCCUUCCUCAUUUGCCUGGCACACCCAGACCUACAUCUUCCUUGCCUCCUGGACCAGUCAAAGCUAUACCUGCUCAGGUCCGGCCCCCAUCCCCUGGCAACAUCCGCCCUGUCAAGAGAGAAGUCAGAGUGGAACCUGAGAGAAAAGACCCGGAGAAGGAACCUCAGAAAGUUGCCAAUGAGCUCCCACUAAAGGGUCGAACACCUUUAGUGAAGGUGGAAGAAGCCACAGUUGAAGAGGGGACAUCUGGUGAAACAGAGGAUGCCUCUGUUGUUCCAGCCCCAGCCCCCACUCCAGUCUCGGUCCCAGCCUCGGUCCCAGCGACAGUCCCAGUACCAUCACCAACUGUGACUGCCAGUGCUUCUCCUAAGACCUCGGCAGGCACCACCGACCCAGAAGAGGCCACAAGGCUGCUAGCUGAGAAGAGGCGGCUGGCCCGAGAGCAGAGAGAGAAGGAGGAAAGGGAAAAGAGGGAGAGGGAAGAGCUUGAAAGACAAAAGAGAGAGGAAUUGGCUCAAAGGGUAGCAGAGGAGAGAAGCCGCCGGGAGGAAGAAGCCCGCCGGCUGGAAGCGGAGCAGGCCCGGGAGAGGGCCGAGCAGCUGCGGAGGCAGGCGGAGGAGCGCGAGCAGCGCGAGCGGGAGGAGACGGAGCGUCUGCAGAAGCAGAAAGAAGAAGAAGCUCGUGUCCGUGAGGAAGCAGAGAAGGCCCGGCAGGAACGGGAGAAGCAUUUCCAGAGAGAAGAGCAGGAGCGCCUGGAGAGAAAGAAGCGACUUGAGGAGAUUAUGAAAAGAACCAGGAGAACAGAAACUACAGAUAAGAAAACUGUUGAUCAGAGAAAUGGAGAUAUAGCCAAGGGAGCUCUCACUGGAGGAACAGCAGUCUCUGCCCUUCCGGGUAUGAUGAACUCUCCAGGAAAUGGAGAGCCAGCGGCCAGCCCACAUGUGGAUACCUCACACCAAUUGAAAGUAUCUGUGGACAGUACUCCCAAUUUGGAAAAACAGCCAAAUGAAAAUGGAGUCUCUCUAGAGAAUGAAAAUUUUGAAGAAAUCAUAAACUUACCUAUUGGAUCUAAGGCAUCCAGAUUAGAUGUCGCCAACAGUGAGAACCCUGAGAUUCCUUUGAAUCCAAUUUUGGCCUUUGAGGAUGAAGGGACGCUUGGGUCCCUGCCUCAGGUGGAUGGUGUUCAAACACAACAGACUGCAGAAGUUAUAUGA